AUGUCAAACCUCACGACGUUUCGAGGACGGUACAGGGCCGAUAACCAUGCGAUGCACGCGUACGCUAUAUUGAGGACCAUACCCAGCUUGAAACGACUCUACAUCUUCUGGCAAGUCGGAUUUACAACAUCGUUUCCUGAAUUCAAGGACCCACCCGCUUGCGCGUUGACAACGAUUUCAACAUCUGGAAGGAUUCUCGAGGACUUACUGGGUCGACCAGAUUCGCCAUGCCUUGUAUCUUUCCAAGAGUUCUGGAUAUCUCCACCACUACCCUGGAACGAAGCCGUGUCCCAAUUGAGCCAUCUGGGACCAUUCCCCCACUUCCAGAGCCUCAAGAUAUUUAAUACAGUGCACUUGAAUCCUCAAGUACUCUGGAAUCUCUUCAGAGUGCAUCCUUCCAUUACCUCCGCCGUCUUCUACCGAGCCAUGACCGACCCUUUGACGAAAGAGGAAUGCAUCUGUCUGCCGCGGAACCUUCGCGUGCUCUUCCUUGACCAAGACACCACCGCCAGACUUGUAUAUAAUGCAUUGGAGAAGCACCGUGGAGAAGAUGGCCAGUUCGUCGUCCCUGGUUCUCUCGUAACGGCCCUGUCUCAGUGCACCCAACUCGAAGAGUUGACGUUCUCUGGGAAAAUCAACGUCAACGCACCUUUGAUUGCCCUCCUUAAGUCACUUGUCACGACGUCCCGCAUCUCGUUGACAAAAUUGUCGCUCAGCUUCUUCUCUGCGCCCCCCUUGACAGAGCUCCUCAAUAUCCUGGUUCCUCUCUUACACGAACCACUUGCUCGAGAUUGCGAAAUGGUCAGCGUGACCACCCCGGCCUCGGCCACUCCUCUUAUUGGACCGAAUCAUAUCCUGCAAGACUCGGACAAUGAAGAAAAGGCAUCUAAAAUUCUAGAAUCACUGGAGAAAAUAGGAGACAUAUUGAAAGAGCGAGUUAGAGGCGUUCCCUUGACUAGGCUGGUCAUCCAAGUCCCUACGCCAUUACCUGUAGAGUUCAGGCGCCUCCUAGGUUCGGACGACUGGAUCCUCCCGUUGAAUACGUACGACAAGGUGGUAAAGGAGAUGAUUGAAGCGAAAUACGGGUCAUUGGGGAUCAGAUUCCAGGUGACGAACGGAGGCUCCGCUGCGCCACGGGUACAAGUCGGGAAGUGGGCUAGAGAAUAUUUUACGACAUACCAUGAUGUGAUCCCGUUUCAGGAUUGUAUCAGUCGGUAUGAUGGACGAAUGCGCUUGGAGGAUGCCGACUAG